GACUACAAAUCACUGCAAGAUAUCAUCGCCAUUCUGGGUAUGGAUGAGUUAUCUGAAGACGAUAAGCUCACGGUUUCAAGAGCGAGAAAAAUUGAGAAAUUCUUGUCGCAACCAUUCCAAGUUGCCGAGGUUUUCACUGGACAUAUCGGCAAGCUUGUUCCAAUCGAGGUGAGAUUAACAAUCAGUAUUGAAUAGUUCAAACAUUUUUGCAACAAUGGUUUUGUUACCGAAAAAAUACCGAUUAAUAUUGUAUAUUAUAUUCCUCCCAAUUAUAUAUAAAAUUCGUCAGUAUUGUAAGCAUUCAUUUACUAUUAUUUUCUUUUCAGAAAACUAUUGAAAGCUUCAAACAAAUUUUAGAGGGUAAGUUUACAGUUUUGAAAUAAAUUGUAUGCCGUAUACUGUAUAGGUGUAUUUGGUUUUCACUUUCGUGAGGCGUUUCAUAUUAGAGAGGUUCAGAUUUGACUUCUAUACUACCACUUAGUACCAUUAAGGAACCAUUAACCAAUCAGAUGAGUUUGAUAUAUCCGAUUAACCAAUCAGAUGGGCACUAAGCCAUGGAGAGGCAGUGGUAACGGCAGUGGAUGUCAAUCUGAACCUCUCUACUAUAAAAUUUACUGCAAGAAUUACGGUAAACAUAUAUGAUUUACUCUAAACGUCCAUUUGUUUUCCUCAGGUAAAUACGAUCAUCUUCCAGAAGCCGCAUUCUAUAUGGUUGGUGAUAUUGAUGAUGUCAUACAGAAAGCUGAUAGACUGGCUGAGGAACUUGCAGCGCAAUAG